AUUAAACUGACAAGUGCCAAUUUCUCGUUCAAAACAAUGUCAAAUUAUCCUGGGAAUUACGGUCAACCUGGUUAUAAUCAACCUUCCUAUGGGCAGGGCUACCAAGCCAGGCCUAGUGCACCGGGUUACCAACCCGGUUACCAAAGACAGCCCGGUCCCACAGCUCCGGGUGGAUACGGUCAAGGUUUUCCGGCGGCGCAAGGAUACCAACAACGACCACCCGGACAUCAAGGUAUGCAGGGAUAUCCGGCUCAACCAGGUUACCCAACAGGUCCACCUCCUGGACUUCCACAUGGAAUGCCAGCACCACCACCUGGUGCAGACCCUACCCUCUGGAAUUGGUUCAUCACCGUCGACGUUGACAAGUCAGGAGAAAUCACAGCAAUUGAGCUGAAGCAAGCUCUGAUUAAUGGAAAUUGGACACAAUUCAAUGACGAAACAUGUCGAUUGAUGAUAAGUAUGUUUGACAGAGAUCAAUCAGGGACGAUAAGUUUCACCGAAUUCUGCGACCUUUGGAAGUACAUACAACAAUGGAAAGGGGUGUUUGAUCGCUACGACAGAGACCGAUCAGGUGCCAUUGAAAUGAAUGAACUUCAGACAGCAUUAAAUGAGAUGGGAUACAGAGUUUCACCAAAUUUUGUACAUCUCUUGAUUACAAGGUUUGACACCGUAGCACGCAGAAGUAUGAAACUCGAUAGCUUCAUCCAAUGUUGCGUAAUGCUUCGUCUGCUAACUGACGCGUUCCGUAUGAGAGAUGCCAACCAAAAUGGGGUCAUCAACGUCAGCUACGAGGACUUCAUGUGUAUGGUGAUUGAGAACAAAGCGUGAACACAGCACAAGAACAAUGCUAGUCUAGUCUAGCUGAUGCUUUGGAUUCUAAUAAAAAAACAGCCUAGUAUAAGUAUAAUUCAUUAGAUUCCUUCAUACAAUUCAUAGUUGACAUAAUUCUUUUAGCAUAUGUUACUAUAGGUAUAUAUAACUAUAUGUUACUAGACAGUAACAGACAGUCAGUUGAAUAAUAAUAGCAAUAAAUAUUGUAAUAUUCCAUAUAUACAAACAUCUUAGGAAACAAGUUGAACUACU